UCAUUUAUUUUCAAAAAUAUUUUAAAAAUGGAUUCCAACUCACAAAGAGCUGCAAGCGACAUGUUAGAGGACGCCUUGCAACAAUUUGACAGUAUGAUCGGAGCUGGCACAGGUGAUACGAGCAGUGCACACAGCUUUAUCGGGGACGGUUACCAUGGCAUCGGACAGUUAUUAGACGAUUUACGCAUCAGCAUACAGGCGGAACAAAUAUCACCUGAAGACAGUGGCAAACUGCUGUCGAUACUCCCAAUGGAUACAUUAAAUUUUUAUCAAGGACUUUUCAAAUGUUCGACAAACGAUAACACAGAUUCGAAAAUUUUACAAAAAUUUCGUAACGAAAAUGAUAGUUUAACGCUACAAGUUAGCGUCCUCUCCGAUCAAGUUGAACUGCAAAUGGAAAAAAUGGAAGAGCUUAUUUCUGGCAAUAAAGAUUUGCAGAGUAAACUUUUAUCCACAGAGGAACUAUUGCAAAAAGAAAUUCGUGCAACUACUGAGCGUGAACGAGAGCUAGUUUCAUUACGAGAGCAGCUGCGACAAAAAGAGAGGGAGUUGGAAAAAAGAGAAAGAACGGUGAAAAUUACGCCACCUAGUGUUAUAAAUCAAGUCCAAGAAAAUGAAGUUUUAUCUCCGGAUGAAGGAAUUGGGCAAGAUAAUGGAGAGGAUACGCAUGACGGCCCACGACCAUCGAUAUUAAAAAUGCCAGUACCAAAUGCUACUUCGACACCCAUUUCCACGUUGCCUGGCAACGAGGGUCGUCAUCAUGCUAAAUUUGAUGAUUCGACACCUCAGAAACCUCCAGGACCUCUAGUGGAAGGCGUAGUCACUCCGAAGAAAACUCCAAAUCAACAAAUUAGGUCUGUUAGUCUUGAACGACUUCAUGGGAAAAAGAUUUUGCCUCUUGAUGAAUCCCAGGAUGUUCAUCGCAGUUCAAGCCAAUCUGAACAUUUAAAUUCAAUAUUAAAAGACUCCUCCACACCGGUUUCAAAAAAUAUUUCAAAUAAUAAAAGUGACGGGAAGUCGAACAGUUCUCCUAAUUUGGCAAUUACUGAGCAGCAGGGUGAUGCGAAAAUUGAACAAGAUCAAAAUUUUGAUUUGGAUGAAUUCAGGCAUGGCGAUAAUUCCCAUGAAUCACCAUUUCAAAACCGUAAAAAGCACGGCUUUCGGAAAUUUUUUAAUAGUUUUCGACUUCGUAGAAGUAAUUCUUCGAACUUACAAAGUGAUUCUGCGUCUUUACAAUCGUGGGGAGGUAAAUCUGGAAAAAAUCGAAAUAAUGUGAAAGUAUCUGAAAAUCCACAAAAUUUUACAAGAGGCGGAUUUCGUGCAACCGCUGGGCCUCGAUUAGGCGCUUCAAAACCAAAAUUGACGCAGAAUACUACAUCGCCAUUCGCCCAAUGGAACACCACCGAAGUUACUGAUUGGCUAAUUGACUUAGGCCUCGAAGCGUACGUCGAAAAUUGCAAAAACUGGGUGAAAAGUGGGGCGACUUUACUCCAAGCUACAAAUCAAGACAUUGAAAAAGAAUUGGGGGUCCAUAAUCCCCUACAUAAAAAAAAAUUAAUGUUAUCAUUGCAAGCUUUGGGUGAUGAAGAUGAAAUUGGCGGGGAGAUUAUCAAAGGGGUCGGCAUGGAUCACGUGACUGUGGCAAGAUGGUUGGAUGAUAUUGGGCUCCCACAAUACAAAGAAGCUUUUCAUAAAGCUCGUAUCGAUUGUCGGAUGUUGCACCAUUUAACAAUUGGCGAUUUACAGCGGUUAAGGAUCACAAAUCUUUUACAUACUUUGAGUUUUAGACGUGCUAUUUAUACUCUGCGGAAUAUAAAAUUUGAUCCGUUGCAACUCAAACGCCGCCCGGUGGAUGAAACAGUAGAAAAAGAAGAUGUUGCGUUAUGGACGAAUCACCGUGUUAUGGAAUGGUUGAGAUCCAUUGAUUUAGCAGAGUACGCUCCAAAUUUGCGUGGGAGCGGAGUUCAUGGUUCACUGAUCAUAAUGGAACCACAAUUCAGUGGUGAAAUUCUGUCUUCGUUACUGCAUAUUCCGACUUCGAAAUCAUUGUUACGGCGCCAUCUUAUUGCGAAAUUCAAUGAAUUAUUACCACCGGAUUCACUAGCUUCAAAGCAAAAAGAAGCUUCUUCGAUGUUAAACAUUGCAGCUAAAGUCAAAAUUGGCCGAAGGUCAUUCGGUCCGCUUUCAAGGUUAAAAGGAUUGGGGAGUAGCGGAUCUCGUGAAUUUUCAAACGGGGAGUACGUGUGUCCAUUUGAGACAAAAAACAGCGCCUCUCACAACUCUUUCGGUGCACACAGGAGAAAUUUAGGAACGAAAUUACAUGGCGGGAAAAAAGGCAAUACCUGGGACAUAUCCGAUGAGCAAGACAUUGAACCUGAUGAUAUCAGCGAUGAUUCAACUGGCAAUAUUAAAAUUGUGGAACUUGACGAAAGUGCGACGAAAAAAAUUGGAGCGUUCUCAGCUGAGCUCGCAACAAUGACUAAUAAGUGGAGUGAGGAUUAGCUUGCACUCUGUUUAAAUACGGAAUAAAUGCUUCUGAAAUUCAAUGCAAAUUAGGUUUGUUUCAAAACACGGGUGUACAACAUUUUUUUUUAACGGUGGGCCAUAUAAUCAACAUCAGACAUCCAGCUGUACCACACAAAAAAAUUAGUUCUUCCAUGUACACAACUGAUUGAAAUAUUCUCACAAUGAAAAGGAUAUUGCUUAGCCUUACAGUAAUAAAUGCAAUGGAUAAAAUAGAUUUAUCGCAGCGACAACAUCGAAAAACAUGUAUUUUUACCUCUUUAAACAUAAACUGUUAGAUUCAGAUUUUAUGCUUGAUGGGGAAAUAAUAUGAGUGUUGACGAGGGCAACACUAAAUGGCUUUGCGGGCUGGGUUAUGGCUCGUGGCCGCCUGUUGCUCACCCUUGAUUUAAAUGAUCUUAUUGGUAUAUGGAUGAUCAAAUUGCUUGAAAUGGGGGUUGUUCAAGUUUAUGAAGUACCCCUGCUAUAUUCAGUUUAAUGCUAGUGGCCUUGAUUUAAGUAUUGCAUUCUGUAUUCAUCGAAUUCUGACCGAACUUUAGUGGUAUCGCUAUUCGCAAACAGAGUUCCCUUUCAUAUUUGCUCUGAGCGAUAGGCAUAAAUAACCGUCAGAUGAAAAAUAAUUUUUCAGAGUAGAUUACUGAACACUGCUUAUCUGUCUUCCAUUUAUGAAUUUUUUUAAUCAAUAAGUUUUAUUUGAAGUCUGUAAUUGUAUCAAUCAGUAUUUUAUUUUUAGUUUUUGUUGCUUUAUCAACUCUUUUCUGCAUUUCUAAAUAAUGAAAUAACCGCGCUGUGAAAGGGUGAACUAUACUUUUAUCUGGUGCUAUUUUUAAUUUUCAUUUCAGACAAUUUUGAUUUGAAAACUGUGGAGUAGACGCACGCCCUUAGUUAGGCGAUUAUAAGGCUGUGAAGUCUGGAGAAAUUUACCAUCUGAUCCGGUCAGAAAAAUGUUAUCUUCGGCUCCCAAAUUCGAGAUGUGCGUAAUUUAGACUUGGACUACCGACUUUGGGUUAAAAACAAAAUUCCCUUUAGUUUUGGACUCUGAAAAAAUCAAAUCUGAUGACAAAAAUUUUUAGGUACGCAAACCGUUAAUAGACUGUUGAAAGUGCUUAGUAAAAUGAUGCUUUCCAAGUUUCUUUAAAAGUUUUAACUCCAAGUCCAGCUCCAGAUUUUGAAUAAAUCAAAUUUUGAUACUUUAGUACAACCUGCGGCUAGCGAGAAAAAAUUGUUCGGCCCUCUAUGAAAUGCCAAUUCUGAAUGGGUUUUUAAUUUAAUUUAAUCUGAUAUUAGCGAGUGAUUCCAAUCCUAUUGCAUUGCAAAGCCUAUACCUGAGUUAUCCUUUCGGGGUGCUCUCGUAGUAUGUGUACCAAGAUGGCACACAAUCUGAACAUAGUAUAUGUACCAGGUUAGGGUUCAGGUUGUGCGCCAUCUUGGUGCACAUACUACUGUGUACCCCGUACCCUUGUUGGUACAAUGCACCACUACAUCCAAAAUUCAUCGUUUACAUUUCCAACCAGCAAGAGUUCAAUUUCCAGCAAAAAAUGAUUCUUAAAAUUUUUUCUCUUUUCUCUUUUUUGUUUAUCUGCCAGUUUUUAUUUCAUAUAGCUUGUUAAUAAUCAUAUAAAUUAUGUAAUUUUUGCCUUGAAUUCAUUUAUUGCUUUUUAUUUACCGGUAUUUCAUCAAUAUACACUUGGAGUAAUGGGCCACAUCGCCGAAAUAGUUCAUUAAUCAUCUCUAAGAUAAUGAUAGUUUUAUACAUCA